CGCCUGCCGCGAGCUACCGCCCGGGGGUGGACGCCGAGCAGGGCUCCUCGCUGGACCCCGGGGACCCUCGCCCCCCGGAACUCGCGGCUGCCGGCCUCGGGGCCGCACCUGCGGCAGGGAUGUCCCAGGCGCCUCCCUGCUGAUGAGGAUGCCCGGCCGCGCAGCUCCGCCGCCCCCGGCCUCGCUCCGUAGUGGGCACGACUGACUGGGCCUGGCUUCGGUCUCUGGUGCCGGUGGAUGAAAAGCGUUGGAGCCCUAGUGUGGGGUCAGAGAGCGAAUCUAAAUUCUAAGAGCCAUGAACGAAAGUUCUGGGCCGCAGCCCCCCGCGGGAGAGCAGCCGGAGGCGCGGGCCGCGGUAGGAGCUGUCGGAGAGGAGAGCAAGCCCGAGACCUUCAGGUCUACGAGCCUACCGGUCCCGAACAGCGCCUCCUGCCGGCCGAGCCGCAGUCCUGCGAGUGUAGACGUCAAGCCGGCCUUUGCCUGCAUGGAUUCUUUGGGGCACCAGGAACUGAAGCAAGGCCAGAACCCUGUGGCUCCCAGCCCCUCUGCCUCGUCCCUCUCGGAAGGGACUGCGGCGCCCGUGGACUACAACCACAUGAUGGACCUCAGCAAGGCAGGCCCAGCGUCGGCGCCGCUGGCCCCGCUCCCAGAGAGAAGAUGCCUCUACGUGGUCCUCACCGAUUCCCGCUGCUUCCUGAUUUGCAUGUGCUUUCUGACCUUCAUCCAGGCGCUGAUGGUCUCCGGGUACCUGAGCAGUGUCAUCACCACCAUUGAAAGGCGCUACAGUCUGAAGAGUUCCGAGUCCGGGCUCCUGGUCAGCUGCUUUGACAUCGGGAACCUGGUGGUGGUGGUGUUCGUCAGCUACUUCGGCGGCCGGGGUCGACGGCCCCUGUGGCUGGCCGUGGGUGGACUUCUCAUCGCCGUCGGGGCUGCGCUCUUCGCCUUACCUCACUUCAUCUCUCCGCCCUACCAGAUCCAAGAGUUGAACGCCUCGGCCUCCAACGACGGCCUGUGUCAGAAUGGCAACUCUACGACCACUUUGGAGCCUCCCCCCUGUCCAAAGGACUCGGGAGGAAACAAUCACUGGAUCUAUGUGGCUUUGUUCAUUUGUGCACAGAUUCUCAUUGGAAUGGGCUCCACACCUAUUUACACCCUGGGACCAACCUACUUAGACGAUAAUGUUAAGAAAGAAAAUGCGUCCUUGUACCUAGCCAUCAUGUACGUCAUGGGAGCGCUUGGGCCCGCAGUGGGAUAUUUAUUAGGUGGACUUCUUAUUGGUUUUUAUGUUGAUCCCAGAAAUCCUGUUCACCUUGACCAGAAUGACCCUCGUUUCAUUGGAAACUGGUGGAGUGGAUUCCUCCUUUGUGCCAUUGCAAUGUUUCUUGUGAUAUUCCCAAUGUUUACUUUUCCAAAAAAGCUUCCACCUCGACAUAAGAAAAAGAAAAAGAAAAAGUUCUCUGUUGAUGCUGUGAGUGAUGAUGACGUCAUGAAGGAGAAAUCAAACAAUAGUGAACAAGUGGACAAAAAAGUUUCUUCGAUGGGAUUUGGAAAGAACGUCAGAGACCUACCAAGAGCAGCUGUCAGGAUCUUAAGCAACAUGACAUUCCUUUUUGUGAGUUUGUCAUACACAGCUGAGAGUGCCAUUGUAACUGCUUUCAUUACCUUCAUUCCCAAGUUCAUCGAGUCACAGUUUGGUAUCCCAGCUUCCAAUGCCAGCAUCUACACUGGUGUUAUUAUUGUCCCCAGUGCUGGUGUUGGUAUUGUCCUGGGAGGCUACAUUAUUAAAAAAUUGAAACUUGGUGCAAGAGAAUCUGCAAAACUAGCAAUGAUCUGCAGUGGUGUGUCUCUCCUGUGUUUUUCAACCCUGUUCAUUGUUGGAUGUGAAAGUAUUAAUCUAGGGGGCAUAAACAUCCCAUAUACAACAGGACCUUCUCUGACCAUGCCCCACAGGAAUCUGACAGGAAGCUGCAAUGUUAAUUGCGGUUGUAAAAUACACGAAUAUGAGCCUGUGUGCGGGUCCGAUGGGAUUACGUACUUUAACCCUUGUCUGGCUGGCUGUAUUAAUAGUGGCAAUCUUAGCACUGGGAUUCGGAAUUAUACCGAAUGCACCUGCGUCCAGAGCCGACAAGUGAUCACUCCCCCAACCGUGGGACAGCGCAGCCAGCUCCGCGUGGUUAUAGUCAAGACGUAUCUCAAUGAAAAUGGCUAUGCCGUGUCGGGGAAGUGCAAACGGACCUGCAAUACGCUCAUCCCCUUCUUAGUGUUUCUGUUCAUAGUCACCUUCAUCACAGCGUGCGCCCAGCCAUCAGCCAUCAUAGUCACGCUCAGGUCUGUGGAAGAUGAAGAGAGACCUUUUGCGCUGGGGAUGCAGUUUGUCUUGCUGCGAACACUUGCAUACAUUCCAACUCCAAUUUACUUUGGAGCAGUUAUUGACACCACCUGCAUGCUCUGGCAGCAGGACUGCGGGGUGCAGGGCUCUUGCUGGGAGUACAACGUGACAUCAUUUCGCUUUGUCUACUUUGGUUUGGCGGCCGGCCUCAAGUUUGUUGGCUUUAUUUUUAUUUUCCUGGCCUGGUACUCCAUAAAAUACAAGGAGGAUGAAGUGCAGAGGCAGAGGGGACGAGAGCUCCCCCUGAGCACAGUGAGCGAGCUCGUGCGCCAGCCCAGCGGGGCCGAGAAGUAUGCCCGGACUACCUCGUGCCCAACCUUCAGCACCCAGGGGGGGUUCCCCGAAGAGACUGGCUUGCAGAAAGGGAUCACUUCUGCAGCACAGACCUACCCGGGCCCCUUCCCAGAAGCAAUAAGGUCCUCUGCAGAGCCGGGGCCGGCAGAGGGCCCUGCUGCCGUGUAGCCCGCCUCCUGAAGCUGGAAAACCACUUGUUUUGUUGGUUGAGUUGCUUGAGAAACACCUGUGCCUUCUUUUCUUUCUUUUUUAACCUCUACAGACACAAUCCUCAAUCCAACAAAACUCAGUAUACACAGCCGAUACUGACUGAGGGCUGGAUACCUCAAUAGGACUGGAGCCUUUCCCUCUCCUCCAGAAGGAGGAGGUUAGGUAGAUUUGUUACCACUUCUGCUAUGUUAGUUUACUGCUCAUGCUGCAGUACCGGGUAAGGCUGAGGUCCAUGGUUAACACAACCAUGGAAAGGGCAACGGCCGUGCAUAUCAUUAGUAUACACUCCAAACCAAGGUGAGCUUCACCGUGACUUUGCAUUUGCAAAUCCAAGUUUUUAGAUUUGAACACCUACUGUGAGCUCUGCUACAAAGCACAAAUGAAUUUGCCUCAACUAUGCAAUUUGAUUGGAAAAAUGUAAGUGCAGCAUGUUACCUUUGCUUUCAGAGAAUAAAGCAGAUUUGUUUUUGAAAAGAGGAAGCUGGACAUUCCCUAAAGUACUGUUAAUAGCAUUUUAAGCCAUAGCAGAGUUAUCAAUCAGGUAGAAUUUUUCAAAUACUUCAAAGGAACCAUACACAUAGCGUGAUGAAAGGAAUGGCUAUAUCAUUUCAUAAGGCAUUCUCUUUAAGUCUGGCUGCUCCGUCAUAAGAGGCUGCUGAACCAUAAAUCUGAUAGUUUGAACAUAAACUUCAGUAUUUCAUCAGGGGUUUCAAACCUAGUGUGCUAAACAAUAUGUCUAGAAACUGUAAUUUGAGAUGCAUAACAUGGAAACGGAUGGCUUUCUCCUCCAAGGAAUGGCUGUCAAAAUUCCUUUGGCUCAUAGGGGCCCACAUAAGAGCAAUUAAGAAUUACAACUAUGACAUUCAAAGCAGUUGAAAAAGCAAUUCCAGAGGUAAUAUUGAGUCCCACUGCAGCAUUUUAUUUAUAACUUUAAAGCACUGGAAAUCCUGUAUUCUUUUUUUCUUUCUCUCUCUGUCUCUCUGUCUGUCUCUCUGUCCCUCCUCCUCCUCCUCCUCUUCUUCCUCCUCUGCCUUCUCCUCUUCCUCCUCCUUUUUGGUACAGAAAAUUGCUGUGGCUGUUCCUGAAAAUGAGUAAUUAAAUCAGGAAAGCUUUCCUUGGGGUAGAAAAUCAUUUUGAAUCCAGAAGGGAGACCUGUGAGCCAGAUCCAGAGUAAGAUCCUUAGUAGAGAAAGUUAUUUAACCCAGUCUAUCAAUUAAAUCACACUUUAUCAGACACAAUCAUUUCAUAUCUUAGCCUCUUUGAUUCCCUUUCUGUAUCCUUCCCACAGCAAUUCUGAGACAGGACUUUUCUGUCCCUAAACCCCCUGUGGGUUCGUUACCUGCCAUUCCUCACAGAAUCUCCCAGCAUAUCACUUUGACUGAGAUACUGUGCAGGAUGCUUUCUACCUGGUUCUUAAGGUAGACACCUCCUACAGCACUGAUGGACCAGCACAAGGUCACUCAAGGGUCCCAGUGCCAGCCGAGUUGUGGGCUAUUUCUACCAAGGAGCCUAUACUCACCUGUGUCCAAGUUGAGACAUGGUUUAUGAGUUUUCACGAGACAGAGGUGAUGACAGACUCUCCCACCAUUCGGGCUUUUUGGUUUCUCUCCUUGCUUGGUCACACAGAUAAAAUUUUUGUGAAUUCCCAAGUACAGUGUUGUUUUCCUCUCCACCUAGGAAUGAGAUUGGUCAAAUGGUUUUCUUGGUUGUGCUGAGCUUAUGGAGAGGGUAAUCACUCCAAGGGGUGAAGCUCAUGGCUCAGGUGACAGGCACUUGCCCUUGGCUCCUAGGCUUCACUCCCAGGGAAUCGAGCAGACUUGCUUGGCUGUGAUUGAAGUUGUGCUGAUAGCUGUCAAACUUUGGCCAGUGUGGGCACAUUGAAGAUUUUCAGGAAACACUGCUGAUUAACCCAGUGUCUACUCUGGGGAUUCAGUGUUCCUCUUCACCCUCUCUGGAUGACGUUGAUCCUUUAGAAGGGGAAAUAUCUUUUAGUGCUGGAGCUAAAGUUGUGUAGGCAGAGGAGGAGUGAUCAUUUCUUAACUUUUCUCUGAUGAUUAUAAUACUUCAAUGAGCAACUUUGGGGAAGAUUGGCAGUGCUUUUUGGUGCUAUGAUUGUUGAAGUCACAAGAGGAAAUUAUAGAGACUCCAACCUUUCUCUUCCUUGAGCAGUUAUCCCGCUUAGCAAUCAUUGACUGAGCAUCAAUUUACUGCUUACCAUCUCCUCCUACUCCAUGAAACCUCGGGGUGACUGGGUUAGAAACUGGCCUACCAUGUUCCCCACAGUGUUAGUACUGUCCUUCCUAUACUUGUUAAUUACAGGUGUACCAUUAGUGUGUUGUUGGUGAUGUCAAAUAAGUAGUAAAAAUCAUGAAGAAAUGAAGUUUUGGAAUAUGUACCAAUUAAGAAUUGCUCCCAAAAUGGUUUAGGCUGCAGUAGUAUCACUGGAAUAUCAGCUAGCCAACUAAGUGACUAUUUUGAGGAUGGUGGUAUUUAAUUGUAUAUGUAAGAUCUUAUGUGUUUAUUUAUAAAUUGGUUAUGAUAUAUUAUAGUCAUGACUCCCAUAGACAUUUUAACUGUCACUCUCUAUGCAUUUAGGCUUUAAAUUCCUUGUUUUGGCAAAAGGUCAUCUUGUUCCUUUAUCGAUUCUGUAAAUUAAUGUAUUAUUUGGCUCUAAUACAUAAAUAUACUAUCCUUGAGUCCAGCUUAUUAAUUUGGAACCUCACAGGGUAUGGGGUGGGUAGUUGGGAGCACAUUCUUUUGGUUGUCUUGGUCCUAGUGAGCAGUCAGGCUGGGCAUGGUGACUCAUGCCUAUAAUCCCAGGGCUGUGGAAGGCUGGGGUAGGAGGAUUGUGAGUUCUAGCCCAGUCUGGGCAACUUAGCUACUUUAUGAGACUUUGUCUUAAAAUAGUCUGGAGAUGUAGCUCAGUACAAAGGCCCCAGGUUCAAUCCCAAGAAGAGAGAGAGAGAGAGAGAGAGAGAGAGAUAUCAAAAGUCAUUCAGAAUCAUGGUGUCAAAAUGUUGGGGGUGAAGAAAAAGGCGGAUCAGAGAGGAAACUAACUAGUGGCCCUUGAGGAGCAUUUUGCAAAUACUUACUACAUAUUAUUUAUUUUAAUCCUCUUGACUUGCAAUAUGGUGGUGUUUUGUUUUGGUUUUGGUUUUGGUGGUGCUAGGGAUUGAACCUAGGUACUUGCAUGUGCUAAGCAUGUGCUCUGUCACUGCAACUGCACCCCAGCCCUCUGGCUUAUUUUCCUUCCCUUCCUCUCUUCCUUUUUUUCUUUUCUCCUUCUCUGUCUGUCUCUCUGUCUCUCUCCAGAUACAAACCUGAGCCUCAGAGAAGUAAAGGCACUUAUUCAGGAUCAUACAGAGUGACAAAGUCAGGGUGGAGAUGUGGGUUUCUCUGGCUUCAUUUUCACUUCUUAUAUUAAAUAAUGCAGAUCAUGGUUUUUGGUUAACAGAGGCAUAAUGUAAUUAUAAAAUAGUGAGGUUAAUGCAUUUCAUUUUUUGAUGCAUUACUGUUUCUGAAGACUAGAGAUAUUAUUUCCUUGUAUAAAUAGAAAAAAAACUGUAGAAAGUAUCAGCAUUUAAUGUUUAAUUAGAUUUUUAUGGUAAAUUUCAUUUAUUUAGCGAAGUGUAAUAUUAAAAAUGUAACAUACCUCAAAUAUUUACUUAUAGUUUAUAUUUAAUAUAGAACAAAUCCAAUUUUGGUGUUAAUGUCAGCAAAGCUUCUGAAAUGAAACGUAUGGAAACAUGGUAGUUCAGAUUUGUUGAAUCUGAGCUUUGGGGAUUUCAGGUCUUUUCUUUUUUUUUCCUUUCAGAAUGUUAAUAUUUCCCUUAGUUUGGGGGCAGAUGUGAGUUUUAAGAUUCCCCAUAAAGACUUACAGUGAACAGACACAAGAUACAUAGCGAGCCACUGGCCCUGAUGGUUGCCUUGAGGAGUAGGACAGCAGGGUGCACGUGGGAGAGCAGACCUCAGAGAAGUGACCCCAGGGGUGGCUUGGGGAGGUCAUGGCAUCCUGUGUGUUCACCAGUCACCCAGAAAAUUCCUCGGCCCACAAUCCAGCUUGCAUUCUUUGGUGGAUUUGGUGCCAGGAAGUACCUUGUUUUUGUUUUUGGGGGUUUUGGGAGCCUUUUCUGCAGAAACACCAUGUGCACCAAGGAGAAGUUUGGAAAGACCGAAGCGUAUGUGGGAAUUUUCCAAUGCACCAAGGAGCAGCAGGAUGGUGCUCGGGCCUGAAACACCAUAGGUGAAGCAGAACGUGAAUGUGACUGUCAGACACAGGUGCACACUGAGGUACCAAGACACUGUAUUGACUCCAGAAUGGCCUAGGCUGCAGCCUGGCCAGUUUUCUGUUUUAUGGACACAUAGGGAGCCUCUACACACCUGGCGUUUCCUUCUCCAUAAGGGAGCCUGUGGCUGGCAGGCGAAGUUCAUUGCCAUGUGCACUCUAUCUUUUCUGUCUUUUCUCUCUUCUUCAUUUUCCAAGAUGCUGCUGAUGUGUCUGUCCCGGACUUUGUGUUGCACUGGAAUCAGAUCUGUGUGUGUUUAAAGAGGGUUCAUUGUAAGCGCUUCAUUUUUACUCAGCCCUAGGGAGGGGUCCAAGGUGAUGGAAACCCUCCUUAGCUGUUUGCUUUUGCAACAUUAAAAAUAUGCCUUGGUGCUAAAAGUAUUCAAUGAUGCAUGUUCACUACUGAAUUCACAGUAUUUCACUGAUAAGGGGCUAUAUGUGCUUUGCAUUUUAGAAUUCUGGAACAUUUCCCAGAAGACAGGCACCCAUCACUCUUUAUUUCAACUGUUAAAGAGUGCCCGAGGGAGUUUUUCUGUAGAUAACUCAAGUGCUUUUGGUAUUUAGUUUAGCAAGAAGGAUCAUAUGUUAAGAAUAAUUUGAGAGAGAGGUAGAGCCAUUUCACAUUAUUUUUCUGCAAAAAGUGUACACCCAUAUGAGGUGUUUUUAGCAGUGAGGUUUUAAAGGUAUUGUCUUUUUCUGGUAGUCUACUAUAUAGGUCAGAAUUUAAAGAGAAAAUGUCACUGAAAACUAAUUUCAAGGACGUAUUAAACCAAAGGGGGAACAAAAGCAGCUUAAAGUUUGUAUGUAGAAUUGGAAAAUAGAAAUAAUUGGUAAGAUUUGGCAUUGGGUAUUUUUCUUAAAAUAGAUGUACCUCUACCCCAGGCCCCCAAAUAUUACUGUGGAAGCAUGAAGUCGGACGGCCAGCCUCUAACAUUUUAGCUUAAGGAAAUGGAAUAAAGAAACUGGCAUUAGAGUCUCCGUGGAGUGUGUGUUCAGUGUGCGUGUGUUUUUCUGUGUAGAGGUGUGCUUGUGAAGAAGGGCUGUUUUGAGUUUUUACGUAAAGGAGUUUGAUUUUGUGAUUUUAAGAUGAAUAUUUAUUCAGAGACCUGUUAGGGUUAAUUUAAAAGAUGUAUGACUUCCUUGUAUUCAAUGAAAUUGAUUGUCAAUGUACUGAUAAACCUUGGUUUACAAUAUCUUGAAUACUUGAUCAUUGAAUAUUAAGGAAAAAAAAUAGAAAAAAUGAAUAAAGUGUGUGGCAUUGAAAUUAGUUUGUCU